GCCAAAUAUAAACGAUGAAAAAUAAUGAAUUCCAUCUGUAAUACUUCUGUAGGUAACAUGACAUAAAAAAAACAAGUGAAUUUAUUACUAGGAAAACAAGGAAAAUCCGAAAUCCAAUAUAUAACAAUAAAUAUACGUGUACAUUUGAAACAGGAAAUAUUAAACGUCUUCUUAAUUUAAUAUUGUAAAUAAUUAAGGGAAUUUCUUAGAAUUACCUUAGUGGCAUUACCAUUUUGAGUAUAAAUACGAGCACAAUCCCCCAUAAGCUCAUUCUCGAAGCAGUACUCUUCCAAUUACCAUCAGUACCCUUUACAAGUGAUUACAGUUAGCAAUGGCUUUAAAAGUAAUGAUAUCCGCCAUUAUUUGUUGUCUAUUCUUUACGACAAUAUAUGCUCUUCCCCCACACAUUGGGAUUGGGCAUAGCUUUGGAGGUUCCUUUGGGAGUUCUGGAGGAAUACAAAGUAGUGGCCUUCAUCAUGGAAGUCUUAGUCAGGGUGGAGGAUUCGUUAAUCAAGGACAAAGUAGUGUUGGGCAUAUCCGUGAAGGAUCUUUUAGGGAAGGAUCGUUCAGAGAAGGCGGUUUUGGCCAAGGAAGUAAUUUCAACGCCGCAAACAAUCACCUAAGUCAUGGUAGUCUGAACCACGGAGGUUUUGUUUCUGGUGAACAGCAAUUUGGCACAAAUGGAGGUUUUGGUGUCGCUUCUCCAGGAAUUGUUGGAGGAGCCGGUGGUGUCGGAGUAGGAGCUGGCACAGGAAUUGGAUUUGGUGGACGAGUGUUUAAGAAAUAGGAGAAUGUACUCCUAUCUAUUUAAUGAUGAACUGCUUUAUAAUUGUGUAUUAAUGUAAUUGUUUGUAAAUAAAUAUUAACAUACCUAA